AUGGGUGUGAAACGCAAAUUGACUGCUUCAGUAGAGGUGAAGUGUGGAAGACAUUUAAUUCAUGAUCUUUUUCACUCUAUUACUCAUUAUGUACCCAACAUUAGCCCUAAUAGAGUCAAUCGUUUUGAGAUUCAUCAAGGUGGAAUCAUAAAAGUUGGUUCGAUAGUAAGUUGGAAAUAUUAUGCCGACGGAAAAAUGAAGAUUGCUAAGGAAGUUAUUGAAGCUGUCGAUCUUAAGAAGAAGUCAAUUACUUGGAAAGUGAUUGAAGGAGAUCUGUUGGAUUUGUACAAUUCCUUCACUAUUAUCUCAUCCUUUGAACAUGAGUGGACUAUAUGGACGUUAGCAUAUGAGAAGAAAACUGCAGCCACCCCAGACCCUCUUGUUUUCUUGGGUUAUUUCAUUGAAUUGACCAAAGAUAUAGAGGGUUACUUCCUCAAAAAAUAG